AGGAAGAGUUGGCUGUUUUCUUUGGAAGUUUUGGGAUCAGUUUUGCCACUAAAUGGAUUAAGCUUCUGCUUUAAAUUGUUGCAGAUGAGUUUGUGCUUUCAAUCACUUUUUUUUUGAAGGCACAUCUUAAAGGACAAAUCUUUUCAGGAUCAUCACUCCACUUAUAGGGAAAGAUUGAAAUUUGUUGUGUGAAUAAGUUAGAGAUGGAAACUUAUUAUUCAUCAUCAGGCUUGACAACCAACCAAAGAGAUGCAGCUCUGCCACUGUUGCCAGAUCAAAAACACACACUCCAAUCUUCACCUCUUCCACCCAUGAUGUUUAUGAACAACCAUCAUCUUUCGUACCCGGAUUUAUCUCAGAGUUCCUUGCCGAAUCACAGCUCUGAUCUUCUGAAUGUCGUCACGCCAGAGUUUGAUAUUGAACAAAAUCUGCAGUAUAAAAAGGGGCAACUGUCCCUCAGCUUGGCCAUGCAAGUUCCAUCAUAUUGCGAUGACGAGUACGGGAACACCCCUGCAGGUCUCUCGUCUUUCUUGACUCCCCACACUAUGCAUUCGGAUCAGGCCUCCUCACACUUCAAUGGGAACAAGAAUGUUGAGUAUUUCUCAUUUGAUUUGGCUGGUGGAGCUCACAGCAGUGUUAAAUCUGGAGACAUUGAGAGCUCUUCCAUGGGCCUCAGAGAGAUGGGUUUUAGCAAUGCACAUAUACAUGGAGGAAUUCACAUUUAUGAUUCAAAAUAUCUGAAGGCUGCACAGGAUUUACUCGACGAAGUUGUCAAUGUUCAAUCAUCUAACAAGAAUUUGGACCCCCUCAGUCUUUUCUGUUCAUCUGUACAAAUCGAAGAACCUGAUGAUUUUCUGAAGUCCUCCAGCUGUUCAACUGACAUUUCAUCUGUUGAAAGAUAUGAUCUGGAGAGCAAGAUGACUAAACUCUUUUCUUUAUUGGAUAAGGUGGAUGUAUCCUACAAGCAAUAUCAUGAGCACAUGCAACUUUUAGUAUCAUCGUUUGAGGUGGUUGCCGGGGCAGGUGCUGCUAGACCAUACACAUCGCUGGCCCUCAAAACCAUUUCCCACCAAUUCCGUUGCAUUUGUGAUGCCAUAAAGAAGCAGAUUAAGGCCACCCAAGAAAGCUUAGGGGAGGGAAAAGGAAGCGGCGAUAACAAUAAUAAUAUCCAACAAGGAGAAAGGUUAUAUCGGUUGCGUCAAGUGGAUCAGAAGCUGAGGCAACAGAGAUUACUUCAGCAGUUUGGAGUGAUGAGACAACCUUGGAGACCUCUUAGAGGCUUGCCUGAGAAUGCCGUUUCUAUCCUUCGCGCUUGGCUCUUUGAACAUUUCCUCCAUCCAUACCCAAAAGAGACCGAGAAAAUCACACUUGCGAGACAAACGGGUUUAACAAGAAGUCAGGUGGCGAACUGGUUCAUAAAUGCACGGGUGCGUCUUUGGAAGCCCAUGAUUGAGGAGAUGUACAAGGAGGAGGUUGGCGAUGCCGAAGCGGGCUCCACCAUUUCACCAGAACAUAUACCAGCUGGCAAUUAAGGUGGUACAAAGAUGAACUUGAUUCUUGUUUUUUUCAUCAUGAUAUUAUUGACCCUUCAGCUGAGCUGGUGAUGGAAGAGGCAUUGUUGCAGCUUAUUAUUGACUUGUACUAACAGACUUAAUUUCUUUGCAUAAGGGUAGCUUAGUUUUUAAGUGAAACACUACUGUGGCAUAUUCUGUUUGACUGUUUGGCAAUGAAAGAUUUGAUAUAUU